AUGGUGGAUAGCCUUGUGCACUGCGAAGGCGAGCAAUCUGACCUCUCAUCUUCAGAUGAUUCUUCGCCGGAGGGAAGACUUCGCCGCUGUCUUAUCGGCAAGGGGCUCUACCAGGAGGUGAAACAACUCUUGGAUGACAGGGCGGACGCAAACUGCCGGUUGCGGUACAAGCUCGGCCCCAAGGAGUUUGAUGGGACGCCCCUGACAUUGGCUGUCAAACUCGACAAGCCCAACAUCGUACGCUUGCUCAUUUUGCACCGGGCCAGCCCAGAAUCCAUGUACUCGAUGAAAGCAGGCCGUACAGGUGUUCACUGGAAGGGGCCAGCAGUUUGUGCAACGGUUGCCAAAGGCAAUCUUUCGAUGAUGAGGUUGUUGGUGGAAUACGAAGCAAAUUUGCAGGGUCGAUUGAUCAGCUUCAAUGACGAGCCAAAUGUCACCUUGCUGUACGAUGCCAGCUAUUUUGGUCAUGCGCAUUUAGUGCGAUAUUUGCUUCAGCAGAAGGGCAAUCCAGACACCCCUGUGAAGUUUCAAGAUGACAUGAGCAUCACCAAAACUGCGCUUCAGGUUUCAGCCAGCCUGGGACACGAUGAAGUCGUUCGGGUGCUUCUCGGUGCCAAAGCGCAAAUUUCUCAUGGAACGGACUUCGGCCCGCAAGAACUAAAAGAUGCCAUCGAUGGAUGCCAUGUGGAGGUUGUGCGUCUAUUGGUCGAAGGUGGUGCUGAUUUGUUCACCGGCGAAGAGGGCAGGAGAGGGGUGGACUAUUUGUUCGAAGCCAACAAUGCAGUGCUCACCGCUGCAGCAGCUAAGGGCUUGCGAGGCUGCGAGGAGGAUGUCGUCGAGUGCAUUGGGUUGAGAGAUUUUGUGCGGUUCCUAGCCACUCCGGAUGCCGAAGAAAUUCUCAGUGCAGUGUUUCGGAAGUGCCAGCUUCGCUACUGGAAGAAUGAGAAGCGUGUGGCAUGGAAAACAGCAUAUCUGCCGCAUGGAGAUCUCAACGUUGCCGUGGGGCCACCCAAGAGCCAUUUCGACGACAAGUUUCACAAGGAGAUGGAAUUGGCAGCAGGUGUCCGAUCAACCAUUACAGACAAGGACAAAACAGGAACAGUUGUUUUUCGUUAG